CUCCCAGUCAGGAGACCACAACGUCUGCUGGAUAUGCUGGAGGUUGUGGCAGAUGUCGUGGGUGAAGAGUCUGGAUUUGGGUUGGAUCGUCCCACACCUGUGGAGCUUGUUCCCAGAUUACAUGCCCUGGAGGAAAAUGGGAAUUCUACAUCUGGAUAGAUAGCAACAACUAUUCAGGACAUACACUGAAAACAACCAGUUGGAGAGUGACAUUAAAACAUGCCUCUGCCGUGCUUUGCGUUGACAUAUCCAAAGCUACAUUUAAGAUAUUAUUGGCUCAAAUACCCAUAAUCAAAAUUUUUUUCUAAAGAGAAGUGCAUCUGGAUCCAGCACGAGUAAUUUCUUUUGAGGUAAGCUGAGUGUUUUAUUUCAGCUGGAGACCACACUGGUUCAGAGAUGACCGGAGCGCUGCACACUGGACUUAUAAUCUUCUCCUUUAUGGUCGUAUGUGAGAGUGUGCCAACGCAUGCUGGGCCAGCCAGAGCGGGGGGCUCCCAUGGACAGUCCAGACUUGUAUAUCUAACACCUCGGUCGGCCUUCCAGCUGGUCAAUGACUCGCUGGACUUUUCCAGGGCUGAGAGUUUUUGCAGAGGCCAGUUCAGCUCCCUCUCCAGCCUGGACCAGGCAGAGGACCGGGCAGGGGCCUUGGAGCUGCUUCAACAGACUGGACUUCACUCCCCUAUCUGGGUCAGGGACCCCAGCAGAGCAUCUUCCAAGCCUGUGGCCCUCGCCAAGCAGUAUGUGAAGUUCUCAGCUCUACAUUUCCCGAAGGAAUCGCGUGAGGGCUUUGCCCGGGUCAACACAUCCUUCCCUGCCCUGUCGUCUGUCAGUGUCUGUGUCAGAGUUCAGUGGGACCCCGUGUGGAAUGAGGUGUCCACCAUCUUCUCCUACGCUGCACCUGUCUUCACCAACGAGUUCCAGCUGCGAGGCCAAGUGGACGUGCAGGAACGCAUCCUCCUGGCACUCAUAAUCCACGGGAAGCAUCUGCCAUACAAGGCAUCCUUCCCCAACGACGGAGGAUGGCAUCACAUUUGUGUAACAUGGCACCGCAACAGCGGCCAAUGGGCUAUCUAUGUGGACGGUGUCCUGAAGGACAUGGGUUCGGGCACUGACACUUCCAGGGAUAUCCAUGGAGAUGGGAUACUCAUUCUGGGUCAGGACCAAGACUCCUUUGGUGGGAAUUUUACCGAGCCCUUUUUUGGAGCUAUCACUGACCUGAAUGUUUGGAAUAUGUCUCUAGAAACGAGGCAUGUCAACGCCCUCAAUGCAUGUUACCCCUUGACCCAGGAAGAGCUUUUCACUUGGAACCUAGACCACCUCAGCAGCCACCCAGUGGUCAAAGUGGUGCAGGCCCUUCUGUUUUGCCCAGCAAUGCACCAGCAGAUGGAGCCGCAGAGCUGCAGGACGCUGCAGAGCUGGUCCGAUCCGCUGCCUGUGUUCGGCCUGACCGACUGCUCCGAUCCACGGCCUUUCAUCUGCAGGAGCAGCAGAGAGCGCUACAUGAGCAUGAAACAGAUGAGUGAUUCUCAGAGCUCGCAGCCGACUGUCUUCAUGAACCAUCUGAUGGAGAUUUACAACAUAACCCAGCCGGGACUGGGGCAGAAACCCUCAGGGUUUAGCAGUGUGGCCCAAGCCUCCGCCCUGCUGGAUAUCUCUGUCCAGGCCUUGAAGGACACCCAGCAGGAGGGACUGCAGCCAACAGACAUGGUGUCCCUCAUCCAGCUUCUUUCUGUGGCUGCUGACAUCCCCACACAGCUGCCCGCCGAUGCCACCAACCACAGCCAGGGCAACAUCCAGGAGCUGAGCCAGCACUUCAUCAGUGUGGCUGACAGCGUCAUCAGCGAAGACAAUGCCCUCAAGUGGCAGAGCAUCAAACAGGUGGUGAAUGGUCCCAUGGAUGUGGUCAAGAGUAUUGACCGGAUGGUGACCAGCCUGAGCCCUCGCUUGAUGGCAGAGACUGAUCACCUGACCAUUCACAGGCCCAACAUCAAACUGGAGGUUCGGCAGCAGACGCUGCAGGACGGAUACAGAGGAUCCAGCUUCUGUGGGCCUGAGACGGAGAAACUCACCCACCUAGACUGUAUUUCAGUCCCACUUCAGAAGAUACAGGAUCUCCAUAACGACGGCUUCCAUAAGCUCACGUUGGUCAAUACGUGGUACGGAUCCCUGCGGCCUCCUGUCCGUCCGGGGGACAACUCCAUGGUUCCUGCGGUCACGGACGGCAGCCAGAGGUAUCUGGGCACCGUCCUGGGCUCUUCUGUCAUAUCCACCACAGUCCUGGGAGACGACCAGCCGGUGAGCAUGGCAGUUCGCUUCCAGCUCCGACACAGAGUACAGAAUCCCACUGGAACUGUGUAUGAUCCGGUGUGUGCCUUCUGGGAUUUUGAUCUCACUCCGGAGGCUGGUGGGUGGUGGAAUACCAAAGGCUGUGAGGUAGUGUCCAAAGAAUAUGGAUACACUGUGUGCCACUGCAACCACACCACCAAUUUUGCAUUGCUGCUGCAGGUUUAUGAAGCCCAGAGGAGCCCGGAGAACGAAAGCGCUCUGCAGGUGCUGACGUUCAUCGGCUGUGGAGUGUCUCUGUGUGGCCUCCUCUUCACCUUCAUCCUCUUCAUCGCUGUGGGCGUCCCUAAAUCGGACCGUACAACCGUACACAAGAACCUGAUUGUUUCUAUGGGCAUUGCUGAGCUGCUGUUGAUGUGCAGUGACUGGGCGUCUACCAAUGAGGCAGCAUGCUUCAUGGUCACAGCACUGCUCCACCUCUUCUUCAUGGCCUCCUUCUCCUGGAUGCUGGUGGAGGGCCUGCUGCUCUGGAGCAAAGUCGUGUCCGUCAACAUCAGCGAGGACCGCAGGAUGAAGCUCUACUACGUCAUUGGCUGGGGACUACCUGUUCUGAUAGUUGGUGUAACAUUGGCAGUAUCAGUGGACAAGUACAAGGCAGAUGAUCACUGCUGGCUCAAUGUGAAGACUGACACCAUCUGGGCCUUUGUGGGACCUGUGGUAUUUGUCUUGACGGUCAAUGCAGUUGUGCUGUGUCGGGUUGUCAUGGUGACUGUUUCCAGUGCCCGUCGUCGUGCAAAGAUGCUCAGUCCAAGCUCAGCGUCAAAGUUGCAGGCCUUUGACCUCACCUGGGCCGUGACGCGUCCAGUGCUUAUCCUGCUGCCUGUGCUGGGUCUGACCUGGCUGUGUGGAUUGCUGGUCCAUCUGUCCGUUGUAGUCGCCUAUGUCUUCAUCUCUCUCAAUGCCUUCCAGGGCUUGUACAUCUUCUUGGUGUAUGCUGUUUACAACAGUGAGGUGAGGAAUGCCAUAAAGAGGAUCAAAGAAAAGAGAAAGGCCUUAUCCUUCACGAACUGUUCCCAGCCAACCAGCUUCCUGCCGUCCCAAAGGGCCCCAGUUACCUCCUGGUGCCGCAGUCCCCCAACCCCCUCCAGCCCUGAGACCAGUGAGACCUCUGGACCCCCCAGUUCCACGCCCACCUCAUUGGUCAUCAAGAACGAGAGUUUCAGAACAGAAAGCUUUGUGAGUUUCUCUCUGAAACCAGCAUCAGGAAACCAAGUGGUUCAGCUGACGGGGUUCAAACCAUCAGGCUGUUAAGUGGAUCCUGGCACUCACUUGCUACGAACAUGCAUCCCACUGAAGGAAGGGAGGAGUUGACCAGCACAGCCACACUGCACACCUGAACAACAUCCACACUGCACACCUGAACAACAUCCACACUGCGCACCUGAACAACAUCCACAUGCACAGCUGAAAAACAUCCACACUG